AUGUUCGAGAUAAUUCGAAAACCGACAAACCCACUAUACCACAGUGACGAAUACGAAAAUUCCUUGCGUUGCCUCGAAAGCAGGAUAACAAAUAUUGUCCCGUCGGCACUAGAAGGUAUAUCCGAUACUGUGUCCGGCUUGAACACAGCCUGGUCGGCUAUGAUGGAACUCUUCAACCUAGCUGGUCUAAUUUACCUCAAAAGAGCAUCGCGAAACUUUUCAGGAAUCUCCCCGCAAAUUGACACGAUGGUUGAGAGGGCCUAUGUACUUCUCGACGACUUAGAGACCUUCAAUCCGACCUUUCCACUGCUGAUUGUCGGAUGCGAGGCUAGGACAGAUAAGCAGAGAAUGAGAAUUCUAGAGCAUAUUGAAAGAGCAAUGACAACCUCGAGUUUGAGGAGCUUGCAUGAGCUGCGGAAUAUUCUCCAGCAGAUAUGGGUCCAGGACGACCUUGCUAUGGAUUAUGAGCUAGACUACUUGAAUAAAAUGGACGCUGUAAUAAGUUCUUACCGAAUUUUACCGAGUUUUGCUUAA